GGCCUUGCUGACUCACUAGUGAAUAGCAACAUCUCGGAGAUCGGAGCUAUGGUUGAUAUGAAGGAGAAGUAUGAUACUAUCCCGCCGCCUGUUCAGCACCAGCAGGAUGGCCAGAAGAGCUCCAAGGCAAAGAACUUUGCCAGACACUGCUUGACAGCCGUGUUUCUGUGCUUGACGGUCUUUGUUGUGCUGCAUAAGCCUCACUUCCCGCAGAAGUACAUCGAUGCUGUGAAGGAUGCUGCGUGCUCGAGACAUGGCAAGCAUACCUCCACCACCACAGAUCCAGACAACUCGAAGAAAGUACCCUUUGAAGCACAUAUUAUGAGCAAGUGUCCGGAUGCGCAGUCAUGUCUGCACGACCUAGUGGUGCCGGCCAUGGAGCAGGUUCACCGGAAAGUCGACUUCAAGCUCUCUUUCAUCGGAUCCUCCUCUUCUUCGCCAGAAUCCAAGUCCUGCCCCAACUACGAAACAACGCCCGUUGUUCGAUAUCUGGGUUUCUCCAACUGCAUGAUAUCCGAAUACCAAGAUAUCCCUGACCGCGCUCUAGUCCAGGACUGCGCACUUGAGUACGGAAUCAGCUUCAACGCCCUGAACAAGUGUGCUAGUCGCCAGAGCGAUGAGGGUGAUGAAGCCCGUGAUGGCCACGAGGACUGUGACCAUGGACCAAGCGGCCUUGCUCUGAUGAGGAAGAGCUUCCAGCACAGCGCAAAUGUCGGCGUCACAAAGAGCUGUACCGUCAGAGUGGACAAUAAGUUUUGGUGUAUCCGUGACGGCGGUGAGUGGACGGACUGUGGUGAAGGCAACGAGCGAAGCGAUGUCUCUGUCCUAGUCAAGGAGAUCGAACGCCUUUGGGACGAACGGAACUAG